AUGCACGACCAAAUCAUUGGCACGAUAGGCAUGGACCAAGCAAGUCACAUCGCUCAUGACAACAACACAUAUGGAAACAACAAUUGGGUAGAUAUGAAUUCAUUCCACCAUCAGACCACCAUGGCAGACUAUGGUGGCAGUUACGGUGGUUAUAUGCCACCCAUCUCGCAUGGACUGCCCUCCGAGUCGCUCGGCAGGAUGCCUCCUCCCCCGCCUCCUCAGCAUCAUGUGCCUCAACCACAUCAGCAUUCUCACCCUCCUCUGCCAAUGUUGAUGAUGCCACAAACGACGACGACUUGGCCGAGCAUGUUAACGAAUCCAACCUAUGGCACACACCCCGUCCCGCCCGUCGCCAUUCCUCCGGUAACAACGCCGCUCAAGAACUCCAAAUUGCCGGCUAUCCAGACAACAUCACAGCCCAGAAAAACGCUCACUGAUGAGGACCGCCGGCGUAUGUGUCAGUAUGCUCAGGACCAUCCGACGGCCAAGCAAACGGAUAUUGGAGCCCAGUUUGGCGUUGAGAGAAGCACCGUGUCAAAGGUACUGCGCCACAGAGAUAAGUAUCUGAAUCUUGAGGACCGAAGCAAUUCUCCGAUUAAGCGUAACAAGGUCAAGGGCGCGGAUAUCGAAAAGGCUCUGACCAACUUCCUCAAAAAGUCUGUGGACCAAGGCGUUCCAGUCACUGUCGAAAUACUCAAAGACAAGGCGCACUUGUUCGCAAGCUCCGCGGGUUCCGCGGGAGAUGAAUUCCUCAAGUUAGGAAGCACAACAUGGCUGGAAAAGUUUAUGCUCAAACACAACACUGGGCCGAAUAGGCUACUUCGUCGUGCAUCCGAAGCCAACAUCAGCAGUAGCAUGCGAGGAUCGUUCUCUCUGAGCACAUCACAACCGUCAAGCGCCAUUUCUCCCCUCUCACCCUUGGGACACACUUCUCCACUAUCGGCAAACAGAAGCGAAGGGGAGAAGGAUAACAUGGCGAGCUACAUGGAUUAUUCGACUGAAAACAGCUACAAGCACUCGGGUUCACAAAGCGCCACCUCGCUACAUAGCGCGUUCACUGACGCGGGAGCUUCAACAUUCUCUGGGAGCACUCUCAGCCCAACAGCAUCGUUCGGUUUUUCGCCUGAUCCCAAUGCUGGAGCAUUCCUUACAUCAGAUCAAGCCAGGCAGCUCCCGCCGGGCAGCAGUGUCGGUUCCAACUUCCAAAGACCCAGAAGUCAGACAUUCCCGACCUUGGACAUCGAAUACCUGAAUCAACAAGAAUCAGGAGAUGGGUUGACGCCAAAGUAUCAUGUAUCAUCUACAGGACCUUCAUCCGGUCUUGAGUCGCCUGCCAAUGAAGUAGGCCCAUCACACUUUGGCAUGGACCACAUCAUCACCUCACCACGACUCCGUCACAGUAGCAGCAGUGGAAGUCUCGCUGGACGGUCGAUCGCUUCACCACUCAGCGCAAACCCUACGUCUCCUAUUUCUCCUACUCAGGAGGACGCACGACGGGCCGCGGAUACCCUACUUUCAUUCAUGCAGCAUUCAGGUGGGCUUGUGGACCACGACGAAUACAUGACGGUAGUCAAGCUCACCGAGAAACUGCGACUUCACCAGGCCCAACUUGCCAAGAACACAGCAGUAGGAAUGGGUGGACUUUCUCGAAUACCAGAGGGCGACAGUGAGAUGCAGAACGCUGCACCAGCUUCGGCAAUCAAGGUGGAACAGGCCAUGGGGGCGUAA